AAAAAAAACCCAAUGAAACCCUAAUUUAAGGUUUCUAAAAGCUAAAACCCUUACAGUUGCAGGCGGAGUGGAGUGGUUUCAUAGCUUUACAGUGAGAAGGUGAUAGUGAGAGAGGGGCUGUUAUGCCCAAAACCCUAAGUGGUGCCAAUACGCUGAGCCCCGCUCUUCUCGCUUUAAGGCCUCGCCAGGUUGCUCUCACUGCGUUAGACAUGAAGCAAGAUAAGCCUAAUGCCUCUCUCGAUAAAAAGACUCUGCUCCUUCAAUCAGUCGCAUGCUUUCUCGACCACAACGGCUUCUCCAAAACCCUCAAGAAGUUUUGCUCUGAGGCCAAAAUCCAGAUAGAUGCUUCAAAGAGCUCAUUGUUGGACUUGGAAGAAGUGUUCAACAAGUAUUUUGACAUCUGUAAUGAUGUCAAGACAGAUUUGAAGGACCAGAAAGUACAAGAGGUAAAAGUGGUGAAUUUGCUGCCUGAGGAGCCUGAAAAUAAUGAGAAAAAGAAAAAGAGGUCUAGUUCUGAAACAGAAUCAUUGCCUAGUGCAACUGAAGAACAAGUCAAAGAAUCUUCUUUGGAAGACAAAGAAGUCACUUGUUCUAGGAAAGAGAAGAAAUCCAAGGACAAGAAAAAGAAUAAGCUGUCCACUGCUGAAUCUCUUACUAAUGACAAUGAUUCCCAUACUGUAAACUCUUCUGCGUUGAAUGCUCAUGACACCUCAGUGAAAGAGAAAAGUGCCAAGUCUAAAACUAAGAAGAAAAAGAAGGAUGAUUUGGCUUUGGAAAGUUCGGGUGUGAAUUCAAAGGAUAAAAAUUUGCCUAGCACAGAUGCCAAUGCAGAUGUUACUGGCAAGGAUGAUAAAGGUUCUAAGAAAAGGAAAAGAUUGGUUUCUGAAGAUAAUGAUUUGAAGCCAGAAGAUAAAAUAGAGGUUGAUGAAUCAAAACGCAGAAAGACUAAGGAUGUGGAGGACUCUAAAGGGAGCAAGGAGCUUAAUGGACAUGAAAAUGGGAACAUUGAUGAAAGUGCUGAGAAGCCUUCCAUGCAGAAAACCAAAAAGAAACAACUUAAUGGCUCAGCUGAGCCAAAAACUGUUAAUGCAUUUCAAAGAGUAAAAGUAGAGGAAGUGGUUUUUACUGAUGAGAGGCUCAAGGACAACUCUUACUGGGCAAAGGAUGGUGCGGAUAGUGGUUAUGGUGCCAAGGCACAAGAAGUUCUUGGGCAAGUUAGGGGGAGGUAUGUUUUAUUAUGUGGCCACUGUAGGCUGUCUAAAUUCUUUUAUCAUUUGUUGUUUUCCAUCGAGGUUGGGGAGAAUGGAAAUUUGAUGCUAAGCAAAUACAGCCUAGAGUAAAUCACAAAUGGAUUUUUCUAUAGCUACUUUUGUAGGACUUCAUUUGUCUGAUUUUUUCCUUCUUUCUGUACCGUUUGAAAGGUCAUGUUUACAACACUUGCUACGAGUUUUAGAUAUUUUUAUGGGGUACCUAUUAGAGGUUCAUCUUUCAGUUUAAGGUUUUAAGACUUCAUUCAGACACUACAAAGAUUCAAAUUUCGAAAGAAACUACGUGAAAAAGGAUAAUUUAAUGUUGAGGGUGACUGGAAGAA